AUGUCGGCCUUUCAAGAAGCAAACAAGGACCUGGACUAUGACGUCCUCGUCAUAGGCGCCGGUUUGUCCGGAAUAUACAGCUUGCAUCACAUACGAGAGCUUGGCCUGCGCGUCAAGGCGCUCGAGGCAGCUGAAGCAGCAGGCGGCACAUGGUUCUGGAACCGCUACCCUGGGGCGCGUUUCGAUUCCGAGUCUUUCUCGUACAUUUUCUCCUUCUCGCAAGAGCUCCUUGACGAAUGGAGCUGGACGGAGCACUUUGCGCCACAGCCUGAAACGUUAAAGUACAUCAACUUCAUGGUUGACAAAUUCGACCUCAAGCGGUCCAUGCAGUUCAACACGCGCAUCAAAUCGAUGAAGUAUCGUAAUGAUAGCAACUCGUGGCUCCUGGUGGACCAGCAUGGGCGAGAGUACACAACGCGCUAUGUCAUCACUGCUAUCGGCAUCCUCAAUGAGCCAACCCUACCCGCCAUCCCAGGUGUCAACGACUACAAAGGAGAAGCGUGGCAUACUGCUAGAUGGCCAGCUAAUCACGAGGUAGGCCUGCGGGGGAAGCGUGUGGGUAUCAUCGGCACGGGAGCGACGGCCAUCCAGACGAUCCAGGAGAUAUACAAGGAUUGUGGCAGCCUGACCGUUUUCCAACGAACGCCAAACUGGACUGCACCGAUACGCAACAGUAAAAUCUCACCAGAGGAGAUGAACGACAUCCGCAAAAGGUAUCCAGACAUCUUCCAGGCCUGUUUGGAAUCUUCAUCAUGCUUCAUACACAAGGUCAACCCAAAGAAAACAACAGAAUGGGACCGGGAAGAACUGCUUGCCCAUUUCGAGGAGCUUUACCAAAAACCAGGUUUCGCAAAAGUCUUGGGCAUUCCAGUGGACAUCUUUAUGGAUCGAGAGGCCAACAAGCUGUAUAGCGACUUUAUUGCAAGCAAGAUCCGGCCGCGCAUCAAGGAUCCUGCUGUGGCGGACAAACUUAUCCCCAAAUGUCACGGUUUCAUGACACGGCGUGUUCCUCUUGAGAACGGCUAUUAUGAGGCAUUUAACGAGCCGCACGUCAGGCUUGUCGACUUGAAAGAAACUCCGAUCGAUCGAAUCACGGAAAAGGGUGUUCGACUUGCUCCUCCGGUAACCAACGGCAAUGGAAACCAGCAGUCCAAGAUGGAGGAGCUGGAGCUUGACGUGCUCAUUUACGCCACAGGGUUCGAUGCAACUACGGGAUCUUUCAGGGCCAUUGAUAUACAAGGUGUGGACGGGAAGAGACUUUGGGAAGAUACUUGGGCCAACCGCAUCUCCACAUAUCUGGGAAUAACAGUUCCCAAGUUUCCCAACAUGUUUAUGGUAAUGGGCCCCCAUCAAAUGUUCGGCAACAUCCCCCGAUCAAUAGAGUAUACGUGUCAGUGGGUAGUCGACCUGAUCAAAUUCGCACGCGAUCGCAACCUCCUCCGCGCCGAAGCAACGCAGGAGAAUGCCGAUGCAUGGUACGAGCACGUGGAAUCGUCCGGAGUGGGCAUGCUGAUAAACGAGGUUGAUUCUUGGAUGACGGGCGUCAACACCAACUUGAAGCACAAACAAAAGAGGUCUUUGGUGAGAUAUAAUGGACCGGCUCCGGGGUAUAGGAAGAGAUGCGACGAUGUCAAGGCGAGGGAGUACAAGGAUUUCCAUCUAGUCUUUGGCAAUUGA